AUGGUCUACGUGUUCAACUGCUCGGAACAAAUGGACUACAAGUCGGUUGGAAAUAUCUACAAAGGCCUCGCACAGUCCGGCUCAUGGGGCUGCUUCGAUGAGUUCAACCGCAUCUCCAUUGACGUGCUUUCAGUGGUGGCAGUGCAGGUGAAGUGCAUCCAAGACGCUAUUCGAAACAACUGCGCUCGCUUCAAUUUCCUUGGGGAAGAGAUUAACCUCAAUCCCACUGUAGGCAUUUUUAUCACCAUGAAUCCCGGUUACGCGGGUAGGACUGAAUUGCCCGAGAAUCUAAAGGCUCUUUUCCGACCCUGUGCCAUGGUGGUGCCUGAUUUUGAGCUCAUUUGUGAAAUCAUGCUGGUGGCGGAAGGUUUCAUGGAAGCACGUCUGUUGGCACGAAAAUUCAUCACUCUAUACGGGUUAGCUAAGGAACUGCUCUCCAAGCAGGAUCACUACGACUGGGGCCUACGAGCCAUUAAGUCGGUUUUGGUGGUUGCCGGUUCACUCAAACGUGGUGAUCCUACCCGUCCAGAAAAAGAGGUUCUCAUGCGAGCUCUUCGUGAUUUCAAUACACCCAAAAUUGCUGCAGAUGAUUUGCCCGUCUUCAUGGGUCUGAUUACCGACCUCUUCCCAUCAAUGGACGUGCCGCGGAAAAGAGAUCCGGCCUUCGAGGAAGAGGUGCGAAAAGCUGCCUUGGAUUUGAAGCUGCAACCUGAAGACAAUUUUAUUCUCAAAACAGUACAGCUAGAGGAACUGCUUGCUGUUCGUCACUCAGUUUUCAUUCUCGGCAAUGCUGGCACUGGAAAAUCUACAAUUUGGCGUGCCCUGUUUAGGACGAACCAGAACUUGAAAAAGAAACCUGUCGUUGUGGAUUUGGAUCCAAAGGCAGUGACAAAUGACGAACUUUUUGGAGUCAUAAAUCCGGCCACUAGAGAGUGGAAAGAUGGUCUGUUUUCAGUGGUGAUGCGAGACCUUUCCAGACUGACUCAUGAUGGACCUAAGUGGAUAGUACUUGACGGUGACAUUGAUCCAAUGUGGAUUGAAUCCCUCAACACUGUGAUGGAUGACAACAAGGUUCUCACUCUGGCUAGCAACGAGAGAAUUCCACUGAAACCUAGCAUGCGACUCAUUUUUGAAAUCAGUCACUUAAAAACAGCCACACCGGCAACUGUCUCUCGAGCUGGCAUUCUUUUCGUCAAUCCUCAAGAUCUGGGUUGGGCACCGUAUGCGUAUUCAUGGUUGGCCUCCCGUGACAAUCGUUCAGAGCAGGCAAAUCUAGGACUUCUCAUUGAGACCUACGUUCCAACCUGCCUAGAGGCUCUUCGAACGCGAUUUAAGACUGCUGUGCCAUUAGUUGAGCUGGGUUGCGUGCAAACUCUGUGUAACCUGUUGGAGGUCCACUUGACCCCCACAAAUACACCUCCUGACACACCCAAAGAGGUCUACGAGGCCUUUUUUGUAUUUUGCACUGUUUGGGCCUUUGGGGGAGCCCUUGUACAGGACCAGUUGGUAAAUCAUAGAGCGGAGUUUUCCAAAUGGUGGAUCGAGGAAUUUAAGUCUGUCAAGUUUCCCAUCACCGCGGGUGCCACGGUGUUUGACUUCUAUCUUGAUCCGGAGACCAAAAAGUUUGAACCAUGGAGUAAUAAAGUUGAACAGUUCAUUCUGGAUUCCAAUGAGCCACUACAGACGGCGCUUGUGUCGACCGCGGAGACGGCACGGAUUCGAUACUUUCUCGAUCUUCUAGUCGCAGCUCGUCGGCCAGUCAUGCUGGUCGGAGGUGCCGGCACUGGGAAGACCGUCCUGGUGCAGAAUCAACUUCGAGAUUUAGGAGAAGAUUUUCUUGUGGUGAAUGUGCCAUUGAAUUUCUACACCACAAGUGAGAUGCUCCAACGAGUGUUGGAGAAACCGCUAGAAAAGAAAACUGGACGUUGCUACGGUCCGCCGGGUAACAAACGCCUCAUCUACUUUAUUGACGAUCUAAACAUGCCAGAAGUGGACGCCUACUUUACAGUGCAGCCGCACACUCUAAUCCGACAGCACAUUGACCACUCGCAUUGGUAUGAUCGGGCGAAACUCACUCUGAAGGAAAUCACCAAUGCUCAAUAUGUGACUUGCAUGAAUCCAACAGCCGGCAGUUUUAGCAUUGAUUCACGGCUUCAGCGUCACUUCGCCGUUUUUAACAUCAGUUUUCCCGAGAGGGAGGCGGUUCAUUCAAUAUAUAACUCCAUCCUCUCGCAACACCUUCAACUGCCGGCUGCUGGUUUCCCACAAACCGUGCAGCGCCUAGCCUCCAACAUAACGGACUUGGCAGUUGACUUUCAUGCUCAAGUGACGGUCGCAUUCCUACCAACUGCUUUGAAGUUCCAUUAUGUUUUCAAUCUACGUGAUCUCACAAAUGUUUUUCAGGGCCUCCUGUUUUCAAGAGAUGAGUGUCUCAAGGCUCCAAUUGAUUUGCUUCGCCUCUGGAUUCAUGAGACUGAGCGAGUCUACGCGGACAAGUUGACAGAUGUGUCUGAUCAAACGGCCUUUGAAAAACUUUUGCAUGAUUUUGUUGUCAAGCAGUUUACAGAGUUGGACGUAGAGGAGAGUGUCAUCUUCGCUAAGCCCCUUCUCUACUGUCACUUUAUUCAGGGCUUUGGUGAUCCUCGCUACCUUCCAGUGGAGUCAAAUGACACUCUGACAAAAUUAUUAAAUGACGCUUUGGUGAAUUAUAACGAGAUGUAUGCAGCUAUGAAUCUCGUCCUCUUCGAAGAUGCAAUUGAACAUGUUUUACGAAUUGAUCGAAUUCUUGAGUCACCGCGAGGCAACGCCCUACUAAUCGGAAUCGGUGGUUCGGGCAAGCAAUCACUUUCGCGUCUAGCCGCAUUCAUAAGUUCACUUGAGGUGUUUCAGAUUGUCGCUAAGAAGGGCUACUCAGUCGCUGACUUAAAGGCCGACCUGGCUGCUCUGUAUCGAAAGGCGGGGCUUAAGAAUGUCGGAAUUGUGUUUCUCCUCACCGACGCUCAGGUGUUGGAUGAAAAGUUUCUUGUAAUCAUAAAUUACCUUCUAGCAUCGGGAGAGAUUCCUGAUCUCUUCGCUGAUGACGAGGUGGAGGAGAUCAUUUCCGCUGUUCAGUCAGAAGCAAAGGCUGCCGGCAUUCUGGAUACCAGAGAGAAUUGCUGGCAGUUUUUUAUCAACAAAGUGAGACGAACACUAAAAGUGAUUCUCUGUUUUUCUCCGGUCGGUCCAAAGCUUCGUAUGCGUGCCAGACGUUUUCCAGCACUGGUCAAUUGCACUACCAUAGACUGGUUCCAUGAGUGGCCAGAAGAAGCUUUGCUCUCCGUAUCGCGGCGAUUUGUGUCGGAGAUUAGCCUUCUCGAUCCAGCUUUAUACGAACCCAUUUCCACAUUCAUGUCCCAUGUGCAUAAGACAGUGAACGAUGUGAGCCGCGACUACUUGACCUACGAGAGGCGUUACAAUUACACCACUCCAAAAUCCUUUCUCGAACAGAUUCAUUUGUAUGAAAACAUGUUAAAUAGGCGAGACAAAGACAUUCGGAGCAACAUUGCCCGUCUGGAGAAUGGCUUACAAAAGCUAGAAAGCACAGCUCAACAGGUCGAUGACCUGAAAGCUAAAUUAGCAAUUCAAGAGACUGAACUGGCUGCAAAAAACGAGGAUGCCAACAAGUUGCUGGCUAUUGUUAGUGCCGAAACAGAAAAUGUGGUUGCCGAGAAGGCGGUAGCAGAUGAGGAGGAAAAGAAAGUGGCAAAGAUUAGAGCAGAAGUUUCGGUCAAGCAGCGGGAAUGUGAGGCGGACCUGGCUAAGGCUGAGCCAGCACUUGUGGCUGCUCAGGAGGCUUUAAAUACCUUGAAUAAGAACAACCUGACGGAAAUGAAGUCGUUUGGCACGCCACCACCGGCUGUUGUUAAAGUUGUCGCCGCUGUUGCCUGUCUCCUAGCUCCUCAGGGUCGAGUGCCAAAAGACCGCAGCUGGAAAGCUGCCAAGGCUGGGAUGAUGAGUAAGAUAGACCAGUUUCUUGAUAAUCUAAUCAACUAUGACAAAGAAAAUAUGCAUGAAAAUUCGCUAAAAGCCGUGGCUGAGUAUCUCAAAGACCCCGAAUUCGAUCCCAAUCUAGUUCGCAGUAAAUCCCUUGCCGCUGCAGGACUCUGUUCAUGGGUCAUCAACAUCGUCAAAUUCCAUGAGGUCUUCUGCGUGGUGAAACCGAAACGAGAUGCAUUAGACGAGGCCAACAAAGAGUUGCAAAGUGCCACCGAGGCUUUAAAUAAAAUUCGAGAAAAGAUUUCCCAACUGGAAAGUAAGUUGGCAGAGUUGACUGUCAACUUUGAAAAUGCCAAGGCUGAGAAACAGAAGUGUCAGGAUGAGGCAGACAACACGAAACAAACCAUCGACUUAGCUAAUCGGCUUGUAGGUGGUCUCGCCUCUGAGAAGCUUCGGUGGUCCCAACAAAUCGAAGAGCACAAAGUUCAAGCAUCUUGUCUUCCCGGAGAUGUCCUUAUAACCGCUGCCUUCCUCUCCUAUCUUGGUUACUUCACCAAAAAGUAUCGGUCUGAUUUACUUGAUGGAUUGUGGAUGCCUUUUCUAACCUCUCUCCAGCCGGCAAUUCCAAUGACACGUGACCUUGACCCACUUUCCUUACUAGUUGAUGAUGCACUUGUGGCAAAGUGGAACAAUGAGGGAUUGCCCAGUGACCGGUUUUCAGUUGAGAACGCCGCUAUACUUACCUCUGCUGAGCGUUGGCCCCUUCUUGUAGAUCCCCAAUUACAAGGCGUUAAAUGGAUUAAGUCGCGCUACGCUGAAGGUCUCACAGUUCUUAGACUGGGUCAGAAAGGCUACCUUGAUGUCAUCGAGAGGGCAAUUAUUGAGGGUUCAGUUGUCCUGAUUGAGAACAUCGACCUUGUUAUUGAUCCAGUCCUGGAGCCCCUCAUCGGCCGGAACACGAUCAAGAGAGGUACAGCGAUCCGCCUAGGUGGCAAGGAAAUUGACUAUAACCCGAAGUUUAAAUUAAUAUUGCAGACUAAAUUGGGCAAUCCGCACUACGCACCAGAGUUACAAGCGCAGACAACACUAAUUAAUUUCACAGUGACUCGUGACGGUUUGGAGGACCAACUUCUUGCCAAUGUGGUGCGAAAGGAGAGACCCGAUUUGGAGACUUUGAAAUCUGAUCUUACGCGACAGCAAAAUGAGUUCAAAAUCACUUUAAAGAGUCUCGAAGACGCCUUGCUGGCAAAGCUUUCAGAAGCGGAGAGUAACUUUCUAGGUAACUAUGCUCUUGUUGAAAAUUUGGAAACAAAUAAGAAAACUGCAGCUGAAAUUCAAGGCAAAGUUGAACAAGCAAAGGUGACAGAGGAGGAGAUCAACGCGGCUCGGGAAAUCUACCGACCAGCCUGUGAACGUGCUGCAAUACUUUACUUCAUUGUCAGCGACUUGAAUAAAGUUAAUCCCAUCUACCAAUUCUCUUUGAAGGCUUUUAGUUGUGUCUUUGACACAGCCAUGUCAAGAGCAGAGGCUUCUGACGAUGUGAAAUUGCGUGUGGCAAAUAUUAUCAACUCGGUAACAUAUUCUGUGUACGUAUACACAUCAAGAGGUCUCUUCGAGAAAGACAAACUGUUAUUUACAGCCCAAGUCGCUUUUCAAGUGUGUCAAGCUAGAGGUGAGGUGAAUGCACAAGAAUUGGAUUACCUUUUGCGCUUCCCCAUUACACCAAACGUGACCAGUCCGGUCGACUUUAUCACCAACAUCGGCUGGGGUGCAAUAAAGGCUUUGACUGCUCUUGAGGCCUUCAACAACUUAGACUCCGACAUUGAGGGCUCUGCCAAGCGCUGGAAAAAGGUGGUUGAUAGUGAAAAGCCGGAGUACGAGAGACUACCUCAAGACUGGAAGAACAAGACCCACCUCCAACGUCUGUGCAUUCUUCGUGCUUUACGACCGGAUCGUAUGCUGUAUGCUGUUCGCAAUUUUGUCUCUGUUAAUCUCGGAAGGGUGUUCAUUGAGGGGAGCAGCCUUUCAUUGGCCGAGUCUUUUGAGGAGUCUGGACCAGCAACUCCCAUUUUUUUCAUUCUCUCACCGGGUGUUGAUCCACUGAAAGAUGUUGAGGCUCUUGGGCGGCAGCUCGGUUUCACUAGUGAUAGGAAAAACUUCCACAACAUCUCUUUGGGCCAAGGCCAGGAGGGUGUUGCCGAGGAGGCGAUGAAACUGUCUGCGCAAGAAGGCCAUUGGAUUAUUUUACAGAACGUACAUCUGGUAGCGAAGUGGUUGCCGGCAUUCGAGAAGAUUCUAGAAGAGCUCAUGGACGGAGCACAUGAAAACUACCGAGUCUUCAUAAGUGCUGAGCCCGCGAGUUCACCCGAAUUCCAUGUGAUUCCCCAGGGAGUGUUGGAGAAUUCCAUCAAAAUCACAAACGAACCUCCCACUAGUAUGCAGGCGAAUAUUCACAAAGCUCUGAACAAUUUCACUCAGGAAUCUUUAGAGAGGAGCAUGAAGGAGAAUGAAUUUAAGACGAUUCUUUUUACACUCUGCUACUUCCAUGCCGUGGUAUGCGAACGUCGCAAAUUUGGACCUCAGGGCUGGAAUCGCAUCUACCCAUUCAAUAAUGGUGACUUGACGAUUAGUGUCGAUGUACUCUACAACUACCUUGAGGCAAAUAACGAGGUACCUUGGGAAGGUCUGCGCUACCUCUUUGGGGAGAUAAUGUACGGUGGUCAUAUAACCGACGAUUGGGACAGACGCCUGUGCAGAACUUACCUGGAAGAGUAUAUAGCCACUACCAUGCUGGAUGGCGACCAUUUCCUCGCUCCUGGUUUCAAGGUUCCUCCUAAUUCCGACAUUGCCGGCUAUCACAAGUAUGUUGAUGACAACCUCCCACCAGAAUCACCCUAUCUUUAUGGAAUGCAUCCAAAUGCUGAGAUUGAUAUUCUUACUGUGGAAUCGGAUAAGCUGUUUCGCCGUCUACUCGAAAUGAUGCCUCGAGAAAGCAAGGAAGGUGAGCAAACAGGUGAUAGCACGGAGGGCACUGUUCAAGCAAAAUUGGAAGACAUACUCGGAAGGCUACCAGAACUAUUUAACAUCCAAGAUCUGCACUCGCGCGUGCCCCCGGAGGAAAGGACACCGUUUGCCAUUGUUGCCCUACAAGAGUGCGAUCGCAUGAAUAUCCUCUUGAGGGAAAUUUCACGUUCUCUCAAGGAGCUCAGUCUAGGAUUGAAGGGUGAACUAACCAUUAGUCCAGAGAUGGACGCCCUACAAAACGCUCUUUUCUUUGACGCAGUUCCACAAACCUGGGCUGCUAGAGCCUAUCCCAGCCUUUAUUCAUUGGGUCUAUGGUAUGCGGACUUGAUUGCAAGAGCACGCGACUUAGAGAUUUGGGUGACUGAUUUUGCGUCCCUACCGAGUGCAAUUUGGCUAGGAGGAUUAUUUAACCCACAGUCCUUCCUUACUGCAAUCAUGCAGCAGAUGUCGCGGAAGAACGAGUGGCCGCUGGAUCGGGUGACGCUGAAUGUGGAUGUAACACGAAAGUCACGGGAGGAGUUGACUGGGCCUCCAAGGGAUGGUGCUUUCUUGCACAGCCUGUUUGUGGAAGGUGCAAGAUGGGACACGCAGAUUGGUCAGUUGGCGGACGCAAAGCCCAAAGAGUUGGUAGCUGCUCUGCCUAUAGUUUUCGUCAAAGCCAUUCCAGUUGACAAGCAGGACACUCGAGGCACCUACGCUUGUCCUGUGUAUAAGACAAAGGGCCGUGGACCUACUUAUGUGUGGACCUUCAACUUGAAAACGAAGGCUAAACCUGCAAAAUGGGUGCUUGGUGGUGUAGCAAUCAUUUUGCAAGUUUAA